AUGUUAGCUUUGGGCCGCAGCAACUCUUCGUCCUCACCGCUGAUCCCUCGCCCCUCAAAUGUCAGCGGAGGCAAAGCGGUGGCCAGAGGGGCCCUUGAGAUGUCGCAGCAGCAAAAUCUGACCACCAGCGGUAUGGUGGUGGUGGUGCUGCCUAUGACGUUAGGCAUCGUCUCAAACAUUGUGGCCCUCUUCAUCCUUGUGCAUGCUUACUCGCUCCAGCGACGACGCUCCAAAGCCACAUUCCUCCUCUUUGCUACCUCCUUGGUGGUAACAGACUUCAUGGGCCACCUGAUCCCCGGUGCCCUGGUUCUGAGACUCUACAUCUCUGGAGGUGUGCGACCAGAGGAUUCCAACUCUCCCGACGCCCUGUGCCAAUUCCUGGGAGGAAGCAUGGUGUUUUUUGGCCUGUGCCCACUCUUCCUUGGUUGUGCCAUGGCUGCGGAGCGAUGUCUAGGUGUCACCAAGCCUCUCCUGCACUCCUCCCUGGUCACCACAACACAUGUUAAAAUGUGCCUGUCUGUGAUUUGGCUGGCGGCCCUGUGCGUGGCCUUGCUGCCCUGCUUUGGGCUGGGCUCGUACGCCUACCAGGACCCUGGAACCUGGUGCUUCAUUCAAGUGCUUAGUGACAUUCACGAGAGCGACGUGGCGUUUGUGUUGCUUUUCUCUGGGCUGGGCCUGACUUCCCUGGCUGCUGCAGUGGUAUGUAACAGCGUGAGUGGCCUGACGCUGGUGCUCGCUCGGCUCAGGAGGAAACCUGGGUCCCAUCAUCCCGCCAAGUCACAUGACAUUGAGAUGGUGGUGCAGCUGUUGGGAAUCACAGUGACCUCCUGUAUUUGCUGGUGCCCUCUGCUGAUCUUUGGCCCGAUGUCGGCAAUCCACUCCUACAACGGACCCAUUGAAGAGGACCUUCCCAAUUACAAAAUGCUACUGGUGAUGGGUGUGCGACUGGCCACGUGGAACCAGAUCCUAGACCCCUGGGUCUACAUCCUGCUACGCCGAACCGUCCUAAGGAAAAUCUACCUCAUUGCAAAGUGCCAAGCGGGUCUAGGGGGGAAUUUCUUUUCGUGCUUGGACACAUCAUCUCCUCCCCAGUCAGAGAAAAAUGAAGUCAACCAAGUCUAA